AUGAGAAAUCACACAGUGGUGACCAAAUUCAUCCUGCUGGGGAUCCCUGAGACACAGGGCCUCCAGAGGACACUUCUGUACCUGUUCUCUGCGUUGUAUUUAUGUAACCUCUUGGGAAAUGUGCUCAUCUUCGCCACAAUCAUCUGCUCUCCACGGCUUCACACCCCCAUGUAUUUUUUCUUGGGAAACCUCUCCAUCUUUGACCUGGGAUUCUGUUCCACAACCGCUCCCAAGAUGCUCUGCUACCUUUCAGGACAGAGUCGAGCCAUCUCUUUCCAGGGCUGUGUUGCUCAGCUCUUCUUUUACCACUUCCUGGGCUGCACAGAGUGUUUCCUGUACACGGUGAUGGCCUGUGACCGCUUUGUGGCCAUAUGUUUCCCGUUGAGAUACACGGUCAUCAUGAACCACAGGGUGUGCUCUGCCUUGGCCGUGGGGACCUGGAUGAGCGGCUGUGUCCACGCCUCUCUCCUCACCUGCCUCACCUUCCAGUUACCCUACUGUGGCCCUAACCAGGUGGACUAUUACUUCUGUGACAUUCCCGCAGUCUUAUCUCUAGCCUGUGCUGACACAUCUCUAGCCCAGACGGUAGGUUUCACCAACGUUGGUCUUCUGUCUCUCAUCUGCUUUUCUCUCAUCCUCGUCUCCUACGUGCGCAUUGGCAUCUCCAUCUCCAAAAUUCGGUCCACAGAAGGCAAGCAACGUGCCUUCUCGACUUGCAGUGCCCACCUUGCUGCGAUUCUGUGUGCUUAUGGACCAGUGAUCAUCAUCUACUUACAACCGAAUCCCAGCCCCUUGCUUGGUGCCAUAGUUCAGAUCUUGAACAACCUUGUCACCCCCACACUGAACCCAUUGAUUUACAGCCUGAGGAACAAGGAUGUCAAGUCAGCGCUGAGUAGCAUGUUCCCCAAGAGAUGCUGCUCUCCGGAAAAUCAAUGA